AUAGUAAGAAUAUAAUAUGGCGGUUGUGUGUGGAAACGCGUUGUGUAUUGUUGAAUUUCCUGCGGGAAAAUUUCAUGGAUUUCUUACCAAGAACAUUGCAAAAGAGUGCUAAGUGUGUGCAUGAAGUGCUUCAUAAUUAACUAGCUCAAGUGAAUUAAAUCAACGAAGGACAGAAUUAACGAAUUUUUCACGAAAAACGAAAUUAAAUAUGAUUUCUUCGCAUUAUAAUUCCUCCAUCGAAGAUGUGUGUGGAGUUUUUUUUUUAAUUCAUCUCUUAUGAAAUAAAAAUGGCAAUAAUGAUGAAUUAAAUGUGAAUGAAAAAUUGCUCUAAAAAUCUCAAUAAAGUGUGUGUGUUCAGUGAUGAAUUUUCCGGUAAAAUGGAAAAUACAUAAAGGUCUAAAUUAGCGAAAAAAAGAAAAGAGUCUCAAAACACAAAGAAGCAACUUAUGGUUGUGAAUUUGCACAAAGUCCAAACUCAGUGAAAUUUUCCAUAAAAAAGCACAACUUUAAAAAAAAUUAAAAAGUUUUCCCAACAAGAAAGCACGUGAAAAUGUUCCAGUGUAUCAUACAGCAACGAAAUGGGUGGAUUCAUGCACCAAAUCCUGAAAUGCGAGAUGUUUUUCCAGACAUUAGAUUGCAACUUAAUGAGCAACUGAGGUGUCUCGAUGUGAGGGUUGAAUCUCAGGUGUCACUCAUUCAGGAGUUGCAGGAUUUUUUCCGGAGACGCGGUGAAUUGGAGCUGGAUUACAGCAAGAGUCUCGAAAAGAUGGCAAAGAGUCUCCUACUUCGGCACAAAGAACAAAAGCAAAAACGAGAGCAGUGGCCGCUCUUUUCAUCUUAUGCCUGCUGGCAGCAGAUGAUCAAUCACACAAAGUCCCUGUCAAAAGAUCACGCAACACUCGCUGAGAUCUACUCCACGCACCUUGUGACGCGUCUUCAGAGUGUAAUUGAUGAUAUUCAGCGCAUCUACCGGCGCUGCCGGGAAAUUGGCUAUGAGACACAUGAGGAAAUCCUUCGUGUCCUUCAGGAGUUGCAUACAACAAUGAAGACAUAUCACAGCUAUCAGACUGAAUGCAAGGCGGCUGAGACAAAAUUGCGCACAGCUGAGAAUCAACGGACCAAAUUGCAACAGACAAUUCCCAAGGAGAAGCUCGAGAGGAGCAAAAAGUACAGACUGAUUGAGAAGGAGGUGCUAAAGAGGCGCAAUAAAUACACAGAUGCACGUCUCAAGGCGCUCAAAGCCAAAAAUGAAUAUCAACUAUGUCUCGAAGCGUCCAAUACGACAAUACACAAGUACUUUGUUGAGGACCUCAGUGAUCUCAUUGAUUGCAUGGAUUUGGGAUUCCAUUCAGUUGUUUCAAGGGCACUCCUUAUGCACGUUACCGCUGAUCAGGGUAGAUGCCGUUCAAUGCUAAAUAAUGCCGAAAAUCUCUCCCACAUCGUUCACUCAAUGGAUAGCCGGGCGGAUAAGCAGAAAUUCCUGGAACAGCACCACAGUGCUUUCAUGAUACCCAAGAGAUUGGAAUUUCAGGGGCAGCAUCUCGUUGAGUCGAUUGAACCAGAACUGCAGAAAGCUCUGCAUCAGGAGAUGGAGGCAAGACUGCAGCAUUUGGAGCAGCGUGUUAGUAAUCUUCGGACAGAGUCUGAGGAAAUCUGGAAGACCCUGGAGACGGCUGAGAUAAAUUUGUUGGAGAUCCUAAAUACAAAAGACUACGAUUUGACGUCAUUCUUCGGUGAUCCAGCCCUACAUGGGGCAUCGAAGGAGCUGACAAAGCAAAAAGCAGACAAGCAGGAGAUUGAGGAGUUCUACAUCACAAAAAUUCGUGAAUAUAUUUUGGGAACAUCGCGUAUUGCGCGCUUAGAUGCAAAGGCGGAAUUCUUGCGGACAUCGCUGACCAAAGAUGGAGCUGGGGGUGCUGUAGGGCAUCCCAUGGUGAAGACAAAUGUGCCAAAGCGAAAGCGCAUUGGGCGAAUGAAUAUCUCGGGGCAGCCAAAGUUAUUUGGGGGGUCACUCGAGGAAUACCUCGAGGCAACUAAUGAGGAGAUUCCCCUCAUAAUGCGAAGCUGUAUACGUGUCAUUAAUCUCUAUGGGCUCCAUCAUCAGGGUAUUUUCCGUGUGUCUGGCUCACAGGUGGAAAUUUCAAAUUUCCGUGAAGGCUUCGAAAGGGGUGAAGAUCCCCUGGCAGACACAACAGAUGCAUCGGAUAUUAAUUCCGUCUGUGGAGUACUGAAGCUGUACCUUCGUGAACUCCGGGAGCCUCUCUUUCCCAUCAUCUACUUCGAUCACUUUGUUUCACUUGCACAAUUGGAAUCAAAACAGGAAAUUGUGAAUGGAAUUAGGAAAUUCCUUCAGAGCUUACCACGCUCUGUGAUUAUUGUGAUUCGAUAUCUCUUUGCAUUUCUCAACCAUCUUUCAGAGUAUUCAGAUGAAAAUAUGAUGGAUGCAUACAACUUGGCCAUUUGCUUUGGACCAACACUAAUGCCAGCCCCGGAGGAUAAGGAUCAGGUGCAGUUUCAGAAUCAAGUGAAUGAACUCAUCAAAAAUAUGAUUGUUUUCCACGAAGAGCUCUUCCCUCGAGAUCUCGGUGGGACGCAAUAUGAGAAGUACAUUUCCCAGGAGCCAUAUAUUGAUAUUGAGGUUGGUGACUCUCCAACGGAACAAGUUGCUGAAGACCCAGACUCAGAGGUUUAUCCAUCAGAAGAUGAAUCCGAUACACUUGAAGCGACAGUUCAGUUUGACUUCUCAGCUCGAUCCAACCGUGAAUUGAGUCUCCGAAAGGGUGAGACGGUUAUUCUUCGGAAGCAAGUGUCCAAUGAUUGGUGGCAGGGUACGGUUAAUGGGAAGGAAGGUCUCGUCCCGGACAAAUAUAUUUCGUUGAAAAUCAAAGACGAAGAUCGUGAUCGAGGGAGUGAUCACAUGAAGUCCUCAAGUUCAGAAGAAUCAGUCCGAAAGCGUCGACCGAGUGGCUCAAUUGUCAUUCCCAGUCAACUGACUGUCUACACGGUGAGCCAAUCAGCUCCCGCGCAGGCACCAAAGUCAGCAAAUACCACGGAAAAUGCACCACAAAGUGAGGAAGUUAGCCAACAGCAGCCAACGGCACAGCAGCUUCAAAUAGGGAUUCCAAUGGUGGAGCCAAAGAGGCCACCUGAGGAUUUCUUGCACUACGACACAGUGGACACAGUUAAGUCCAAGUACAGCUACCACGAUGAGCCGCAUUCCUUUGAGAAUUCCAUGGACUUCCUGGAGGACUUCAAUCACUUCCAAUUUGAGGGUGCCCGAAAGAAUGAACCAAUUUAUGCUGAACCCAGCAAACCACCACAACCUGUGGCCUCCGGAAGUAGCACGGAGGUGGGCACAAAUGGCGAUGUGGCGGACGUGGUGGGAGAAGAGGAUGUGGAUGAGGUGGAAGUGCGCCAAAAGGGGGAGCAUGAUGGGCAAUUGGAGAAGAUUGGGGUGAGGCAUUCGGAUACGGAUGUCCUCAAGCAUCGUGGGGAUGAUGAGGUGGUUAAGGCACCGCGUAAAUUUCACUCAAAAAGCUUCAGUUUAUCCGAAAAUCGCGUGUGCAACAUGUUCCAGCAGAAUCGUGAGCUGUGGGAGAAGAGGGCAGAGCUGAGUUCACAGCAUAGCUUGACAACACCGCGAAUUCUCUCGCGGAAUCGCAUUGCACCGGAUUUAGUGAUGGAUUUGCCAGCAAUGGCCAAUCAUUCGGGUGAGGUGAAGCGUGAGGGUUCACGGGAGAGUCUCGAUCAAGAUGUGGAGGUGGAUUUGUCAUCAGCUGAGCGCUUUGCCACGCAGAAUCAGUGUACGCUGAAGAAGAAUGAGCGUUUCAGUGCUGAGGGGCAAUUUGACGGGGGUGGUGGUGUUCCGCCGGGGAAGAAGGAAGUAAAACUUCCCUUUCAGAAGGUGGAAAAACCCAAAGCGGAAGUGAAGCCACAGGAGAAGGAACCCCCGGAGGAGGCAGUGGAGGUAAGUUUGCACAUUACUGAAGACAACACAACUGAAUGUGAGGAUGGUGGUGCGACUGUUGUCCACAAGAGCCCCAUUCCGGCAAGAAAUACCCAAAAAUUCGUUUCUCAAUUUGCUGAUCUCAAACUCACGGGUGGCUGCCUCCAAGGGGGUGGUGCUGGGAGUGCCAGUAGUACAGCUGCAGAAGCCAGUACGAGCACAAAUCCCCCAACAUUGUCCUCCUUUAAGCCCGUAAAGCCGGUUAAGCCGCAAUUCCUCAAAAAAGCCCUCGUCCUUCCCCCCUCAACACCCGAAAUGACCAGAAGGGCGCAUCCUGAGUAAAGAAAAAAAGAAAGCCCCUUAUCCAUUCUCAUAAACUUUCCAUGAAAAAUUAAAAGAAAAAAAGACAGAACAGUGCAGAAAAUUGUGUAGCAAAACCAUAAAGUUUUUCAUUUAAAUUCAGUGGAAAUUAUUCUUUAAAUGGUUAAAUGGAAAAGCUUUUAAGGUUUUUCUUUGCAUUUAAUCAGUCAAUUUUUGUCUAACGUUCUUUUAACUCGCAGAAUUUUUUUUAAAGAUAUUUAUUAAUUUUUUACGUUAAUCUGAAAACUCAUUUUCUAAAAAAAAUAUAUUUAAAAUAUUGAAAUAUUAGUUUGUCCAAUAUUUACACGAAUUUCUAACCUAAGAUAUUCACAUAAAUUCAUUACAAUUUUUAUUUUCUGACUCAUUCAUCCCCAUUGAAUGUAAUCGUAAAAAUGUUAGGUUAGAAUCCGGAUCUAACCGAAUAAAUAUUCGACAACCCAAUAGAUACAUUUUCUUUUAUGAAAUCGGGAGAGUUUCUGAAUUUUAAAGGACGUUUUUCAUGAAUCAUUAAACCUUUUGAGAAAAAAGAAGUGAUUUUCCGGCGUGUAGACAAUAAUAAUUUUCUGGGUUUUUCGUCGGUUAAAUGGGGGUUCUCACCCAGAAUAACUCACAUUUUCCGGAGCUUUCGGCUCCAUUUGGAGCCUUUUUCAGUGAUUACAGUGAGAAGGAAUUUAUUUACAAACAUUUUCUACAAAAACAGUGAGUGGAAAAUUGUUUUGUUUUUGUAGAAAAUGUUUAUAAAUAAAUUCCUUCUCUCUGUAGCCACUGAAGAAGGCUCUGAACGGAGCCGAAAGCUCUGGAUAACGUGAGUUUUUCUGGGUGGGUACACCCAUUUAGCCCAUGAAAAACCCGGAAACUUAUUACUUUUGAGGAAACAAUAAUGGGGUAGGUCCCGGAAUAGCCAAACAGAUUUUCCAUUUUUUAUUCAAUUCUGGAUUUUUAAUCUGAAAAUUAGGAUUUUUUCAAAAAAUCCUCCUUGAUAUCAGGAGAAUUUUCCGUUUUGGCCAGGAAAAUGCUAAUUUUGGUUAGAAAAAUGUUCCAAUUUCAUGAGGAAUGUUCCAUUUUGACGAAAAAGUCUGUCAUUAGGCAAAAUUAGCAUUCUCCAGAUCAAAAGGAUUUUUUUUAAUUAAAAUCCUAAUUUUCUGAUCAAAAGAAAUUUUUUAAUCCUCAAAUCUUCUGCAAGAAAUCAGCAAAGAUUCGCUCAGAGAGAUAAGCAAUGACUGGCUGCAGCAAAAAAAAACUCAUUAAUCGUUAGAAUAGCAAAAUCUAACGUUAGAAAAAAACGUUAGGGGUUAGAAAUGGACUGACAAACUUUCAAAAUGUAUAAUCAGAAUAAACAAGGUCUAAAUUCGAUUCAGUUGGUUUAGUAAUCACAAUUUUUAUAAAUUAAAGAUUAUAAAAUUAUACUUUUUAAUUCAUUUUAAACGUUCUUUUAACCCUUUCACGUCAAUUUAAUUAUACACUGACUCAUAAAUGCAUUAGUUUCCAUAGAAGAAGCCAAAGAAAACGUUUAAAUUGAGAAAUGUCUUCGUAAAGUUUCAAAAAAAAAUUCAAAAAAGUUUCAAACGAUCGCGAAAGGGUUAAUUGAAAAAUCUAUUUUUAUCUCCUUAUUCGUUCUUUACUCGUCUUAAAUGUUUCCUGUUUGCUCCAAUGGUUAAGGUAGAUUUUUUUUCUCUUGAAACAUUGAUAAAAUAUUCACGCAAAUGUUUCAUGGAUGUUUUUUUUUGCAUUUCUAAAUCUCUGUUAAAUUGCUACACUAUUUUCAAUUAACUUCUCUGUCUUCUUUGCCACAAAUAAUAGAACAUCACUGUUAGCUGGAUUAAAUGUGCAACAUUGGUGCUCAAACAUAUUUGAUAUUAUCUGAAAAAAAAAUCCAAUUUAUGACGUCCCAACAUUAUACUUUUAUCCUUGAGAGAAUAAUGCUCAAAAAAUAUCAUGUUUAAUCCCACAAGAAUUCUUAUAGGAAAUAUUAACCCUUUAAGGUUUUUUGGGUCAUACGCUGACCCAAACGUGAAACAUUUUAUUUUUUCAAUUAUUUAUGAAUGUAAUUGUUUUUGCAUGUUACAAAUGCAUCAAAUUCACGCAUAAGGGGUCAAAGAAGACGUUCUGAGUGAGAAAAGUCCUCUAAAAAAAUUCAUAGAAUAAAAAUCACGAUAAAAGAGCGCAUGUUUCAAUGUUUUUAUGUUUCACGUUGGACGUUAAAGGGUUAAAGAAAAAAAAAGAGUAUACAAUGUAGGUGAAAAAUAUAAUAUAAAAUAAAAAUAAAUAAAAUAUCAACAUAGAUGUGCAGACAGAAAUAAAAGAAAAAGUAAAAGUUAAACCAAAGGAAAGACUGUUUAAGAAUUUAUAGAAAGCAAAAAAAAGAUUAAUGUGAAGUGAAAUAGCUCUAGAAUUUUUUUUUCUAAUUUCUAGAUUUUCUUUUUAAUUUCUCUGAAACUUUGAAAAAUACUAUUUUUACUUUAAUAAGAAAAAUAAGCGAUAUUUUUCUUUUUGUGAUUGUUGAGUUUGUAUUUUUCAUCGCGAAAGAGGAAGAAUAUUCUCUGAUCUCAAGUCUUUCUUACAUUUUCUUCUUGAAGAAUUCUUUUUCUUUUUGAAGAAAUUUGAUGAAAAUUUAAUAAAAAAAAAACAGCUGAUUAGCACAGAUUAGAAAGAUUAAAAAAAGGGAUUUUAAAAUCGUUGGAAAAAAGAUUUUUAUUUUGUUAAAAAUUAUUCUCCAUCAUAGUGUUGGAAAGACAAAAUAACUAAAAGCAUUGUUUUUGAAAGAAAAAAACAUUGAAAAAAAUAAAGAAAAACAGAGAAAUAUUUAAUAGAAAUUGGACCAGAAAUUUUUAAUUAAUAAUAUUUAGGAGAGUGUUUUAAAAAAUUUAUGUAGAAAUUUUCGUAGAGAGAAAAAAUAAUAAUUUAUUGCGAUAAAACUUUUCUGAGAGACUGAAAAAAUGCACAUAAAAUUUUAUCUCACACACAAACCAAGUUUUUUAGGACAUUAAUCCUUCAAUACUAAAAGCACAUUUCUAGAAGACAUUUUAGAUGAGAAAGAAAAAAAUCCUAAAAGAAAUAUUUAGUAUCGAUCCUACAACGGCAAAUUUUGCACAAAAUGAAAAAGAAAAUAAAAGACUAUUGAUAAAAAAAGAUACAUGAGAAGACAAACUCGUGCCAAUUCUUGGAGUCUCUCGAAGAUUUAUUUAUUUAUUCUUUUAAAAAUAUUUUUGAAGAAAAUUUUCUUUUUCUAUUGAAUCUCUUAAAACUCUAGAAUUUUUAUAGGUAAAUGCAAUGAAAGUCUUUAGAACUAUUUAGAAUUUAAAUUGAAUUUUUAAAAUCUUCCUCUUAUAGAUCUUUUUUUUUUUUAAAUAUUUUAUGAAAUGAAAAAAAAAUUAUCUCGAAAGAUAAUAUUUAUUUACAAACAUUUAUAAAUAUUUCUUUUCUUUUAAAUGAUUUGGGAAAAUCUUUUCAAUUUUCCUUGAAAACUUUUGACUUUAAUUUACCCAAAAUUAACCAUUAAAAAAACUUUUCAAAAAGUAAAAUAUACCUAAACUGUCUUUUUGGAUGCAUUUUAUAGCAUUAUACCUAAACUAUUUCCUACUACUGGCUAAAAACUAAACUUAAAAAAACAAGCAUCACAAAAUCCGUAUAUUAUGUAGAAUUUAUAUUAAAAAAAAUCCAACUAAUAUUUAUCUACACAACAAUGUCCCUAAAAAAUCAAAAAAUUAAAGAAACCAACCUAAUCAUUAAAUUUAGAAAAUUAUAACUAAAAAAACAUUUCAAAAAUGAUGUGCUACAUUUUACAGGUAUCUAAAAGAGAUUUAAAAAAUAAAAGGCCAGAACAGGAGGGUGGGAGUCAUGAAUGAAAAAAACACGAUAACGAAACAAGAAACAAUAAUAUAUUCACAUAAAAGAAAGAAAUAAUCAAAGAAAAAAAUAUCGAUGUCCAUGGAAUUAAUGAAGAUAAAACAAAAUAUAGUAAUCUCAUAAUCAAUUUUAUCAAUGUUCAACCAAAAAUAAAUAAAUAAAUAAAACAAACAUGAUAAAGAAAGAAAGCCCAAGGGAAGAGAAAAAGAUACUCAAGAGGGAACUUUUAGAAGUUAUAUAAGUUUUCACAAAACUUUCCUAAAAAAAAUAAUAAGGAAAUGAGGGAAAAAAUAAGAAGAAAAAAUAGCGGAAACGGCGGUAAAAUGGAUCAAAGAAAAUAUAUUUUAAUAGUGUUGUUUGAUAAAAAAAAUGGAAAAAUUUUUAAACGAGUGAGAGCAAAAAUAAACGGACAAUUCUUGUCCGUGUAAAACGGCUUCUCCUUUCUUUACUCCAAAAUAAGGAAGAAGAAAAAUACAUUUUGAGUGAGAAAAAAAAUUUAUUGAAUGAAGUUCUCUCUCAAUUGAAUUAAUUAUGUUACAUUUAAAAUAAUUUUAUUGUAAGAUUUAUUUUAUGGAGGUCAAAAAACAUUUAAAAAUAAAAAUGUAUAAUCGUCUCAAA